AUGGCUGCCAUCCAGCUCUCAGUUGACCCUCGUUGGGAGUAUCACUCCACCUCCUCAUCCCACUCAUCACAGACCUCCGCCCUCUGCCCAGAAGCCGCUUACGUCUCGCUGAGGCUUCCUACCCCGGAUUCGAACAAUGAACGUAGUCCCUCAGAUUCGCUUGUCGUCCAUCGCAUUGUAUUCACCACCGAAUCUCACGACCAAGGCUUCAGCGACAACGAAGGCGCCAUCGGCACCUACCGCGACUCCAACUCCUUCUUCGAGGCUCAUGUAUCAGACCCGUCCACUGGGGCUCUCCGCGUGCCGCAACGCCGUAUCCAGUAUAAUUAUCACUCAAGCGACGUGUUCCGCACACACACAAAUGUCUGGGACAGGCGCGACGAGGCCUUGGCCGAGGCUGGCCCCGGUGCUGCCGCCUGGGUUAAUAGGACAGAGAGCAAGGGCCUGUCGCUGGCUGAGUGGCUGGGGGAACUCCACGGAGGUGAUGUUAUCAUGAUCGUCCCCAAGGCCUGGUAUCCCGGGUGGACCAACGUGGUGCGGUUCGCUCGGAUCGAGCUCUGGGUUGAGUUUGUCUCAACCCAGCCAUCUGUACACCAACCUCUAUUUGGGACGACUGACAAGAGCCAAGACUUCUAUCGGCCAUUGAGCUUCGACAAGAAGGAAAUUCGGCUGGUGGUGGUUGAGCCUGAUGGCCGUGGCGCAAGUGAGGAUGCCACCCUCCGGUUGUCACUCCGAUACUCGUCGCUGGAGGAUCUAGAUCAUGUCCCAUACGACGCACUAUCGUACUGCUGGGGAGACUCUGCAGAAAGAGAGGCGGUUCUCCUCAGUGACGGCGAGUUAGGUCUACAAAACACCGAGAUUUACGUUCGGAGGAAUCUUGCAUCAGCCCUUCGGCACCUCAGGUCUUUGGACGAGCCAGCAGUGCUUUGGGUCGACCUUCUCUCAAUCAACCAAGCCGACCCUGCGGAACGCGCUCACCAAGUCGCAUUGAUGGGGGAGAUAUUCGAAUCUGCCAGGUUAGUCCGGGUAUGGCUUGGAGAGGCGGAUGAUUUGGUGACGGAGGAUCUUGGCAUCAUUCGAUCUGUUGCCCAGCGAUAUCACGAAAGGUUGGGGACCAAGCCUGAGCUCGGACUCCCAACUUCGCGGGAAGCGCAUGAAAUGAUCGCCCACGAGACCUUCAUCUUCGUAGACGCCGACUCCAUCUUCAUCCGGCCCUGGUUCCGCCGUGUCUGGGUGUUGCAAGAGGUCUGGAACCCGCCGUCCGGAACGACGAGAUCGCAGCGCCAAGUGAUGGUCCAUUGCGGGAAAGAACAGCUACCGUGGGAAGACAUUGCGCAGGCAAAUCGCUGCAUUUACGAUCAGCUCAAGUACCUCAAUAAUUACACCAUGCCGCGGCUGCUCACGGGCUUGUUUGAUAUUCUUCGAGAUCGAGAAGCGUCCGUCCUAACUUGUGUUCCCGCCGAUCGCCGCGAUAUCCUGAGCAUCGCCCUGGAAGGACUCGAUCUCCAAGCCACCGAUCCCAGAGACAAGAUAUUCGCACUGCUCAUCUUUGGCCACGAGACUCACCAGAUUGCCACGCUGCCGACCUUGCUCAGGCCGGACUACACCAAGAGCGCCGGGCGGGUGUACGCCGACUUCACGCGUUGGUGGAUACUCCAGCAUCGAUCGCUGCGCAUCCUAUCAGCCAUCCAUGCUCUCGUGGGCAGGCAAUGGCUCCAGCUCCAGGCGCACGAUGGGAAUCUACCCCAGCAGCGUAGUCCCUCCUGGGCUCUCUGGUCCGCGGGCCACAGCUCCUGGGUAAGGGGCACACUCGCCCUCCAGGAUGACGUCUGCGUAUAUCACGCCUGCAGCGACCGCAAAACCAUCGAUGAGGGACUCCUGACACUACCCGCGGCAGCCAGCAGGGAAGACACCGACGGCUUCGCUGUAAAGCUCAAGCUCAGGGGCGUACGGGUCGGUUCGAUCGCGGCCGAGCCAACCCACUAUCCGUACUUUCAGCAGCCGCCCUUGUCGGCAGGUCUCCAGGAGGCGUACAUGCGAGUUUUCGACCCUCCGUGUACACUCGGGACGUGGCAGAACGCACGCAACGCCAGGGGGGUUCUGGGAAAGCACGAUCGUCAUUACAACGAGCUGUUUCGGCACUAUAUGGCACAUUGGGAGAGGUACCCGCCUGACCCUUUCACUAGCGACGAUUCUCAGAGUGAAGCCCAGAGUGGUUCUGAGAGUGAGGCCCAGAGUGAUUCAGAGAGCGAUGCCCAUAGCGGUUGCGGGAGUGAUGCCCAGACUGGCUCCGAUGACAGUUCCCAGUGGGAUUCAAGCGACGAGGAGCCGACUUGGCUCCCUUGCCAUGGAAAAUGCAUGUUUACCACUGAAGAUGGCGGGAUUGGGCUCUGUCCUGGGACGGCGAUGGCGGGAGAUGUGGUUGUGAUCUUAUAUGGUGGAGACGUGCCCUACCUGUUGCGGCCAUCCGGAGAACCUGGGACUUACCGCUUUAUUGGGGAGUGUUAUUUUGAUGGUGUCAUGAGUGGUGAGGCAUUUGCCGCUGACAGAAACUUGGCCGAAGAGAUAUUUGUGUUGGAAUAG